AUGUCAUAAAAUCUUGUGGAAUGAAAUUGAUGACAUGACACCAGCCCCCAUGUCAAAAAUGUGGGAUUGUUUUGUUGGACCCGCCGACCCGGUCUAGUUUGAAGGACAUACUUUCACCAGGCCUAAACUCCCUAAAGUGAGGGCCAAAGUGAGUUUCGAAUCUGCCUGCACAUAUCCUGAAUGUGAUAGCCCAUCAAGUUGCCUCAUACUCGCUCAACAAGCAACAAUGACGAAGGUGUAUGGAACCGGAGUUUAUGAUUUCCGGCGACAUAGAGUGGCGGAAUACCCCGUGGAUGGGCUGCCACAGCAGCCAGCUGUGGCGGAUAUCCCCGAGAAGCCGCCUGAGUCAAAACCCCUUUCAAAUGUUCCCAGUUCCAUAACCCUCAGCGAGAUCCAACGCGACCGCCUCACCAAAAUUGCAGCUGCAAAUUGGUCGAAUACAGCCGCACCUGCAGCGAAGAAGCCUUUCGAUGCUAACUUAGUGAAUGAAAUAUACUAUACUGAGCUCACAGUAAAAGGGGGUAGAAAACCUGUUCCAUUGCAGAGGGUGAUGAUCUUGGAAGUGAGCCAGUACCUGGAGAAUUAUCUGUGGCCAAAUUUUGAUCCAGAGAAUUCUACGUUUGAGCAUGUCAUGUCAAUGAUACUCAUGGUCAAUGAGAAGUUCCGGGAAAAUGUCGCUGCUUGGUUAUGUUUUCACGAUAAACAAGAAAUGUUCAAUGCAUUUCUUGAUAGGGUCAUUUCUCUAAAGGAGGGAAGAAGCUUAAGUAUUGCCGAGAAGACCAACUAUCUACUUUUCAUGAUUAAUGCUUUCCAGAGUUUAGAAGAUGGGAUAGUAAACACGAAGAUUCUAAGAUUAGCACAUCUUCAGUGUUGGCAUUCUUUAUCAUACGGUCGAUUUCAAAUGGAACUCUGUAUGAAUCCAGAUCUGUUUAAAAAAUGGAAAAAGAUUGUAAAAAGAGCCAAGGAUGCAGCUAAAAAGGGAGAAUCUUUCGACCCCUCAUCUAAGAUUGAAGCAAUAUUCUUGAGGAACCUGAUCAACGAGUUUAUUGAGGUGCUUAAUUCUGGGGUUUUCCCUAGCAGGGAGAACAAUGCGAAAGAUAAUAGAUUUGUUGAUGCGAGUGGUUUCGGAAAAGUUGAUGAUGCUUGUGUCUUAUACUGUGAAAGGUUUAUGGAGUUCCUCAUCGAUCUCCUUAGCCAACUACCAACAAGAAGAUAUGUAAGAGCUCUUGUUGCUGAUGUAGCUGUCAUUGCUAAAUGUCAUUUAAGUGCCUUGUAUAAACACGAGAAAGGAAAACUUUUUGGACAGCUUGUAGACUUACUUCAGUUUUACGAGACAUUUGCAAUUGAUGACCAUUCGGGGACACAAAUGACUGAUGAUGAGGUUCUUCUGGCUCAUUAUCAUCGCUUCGAGUCAUUCCAGCUUCUAGCAUUUAAAAGGGUUCCGAAGUUGCGGGAACUUGCCCUAGCCAAUAUUGGUGCAAUAAACAAGCGUGCCGAUCUCUCAAAGAAACUCUCAGUACUCUGUCCUGAAGAAUUGAGAGAUUUGGUUUGUCAUAAGCUUAAAUUGAUAUCGAAGGAUGAUCCAUGGUCAGAAAGGGUUGAUUUUUUGAUUGAAGUCAUGGUUUCAUUUUUUGAAAGGCAACAAUCUCAAAAGGAGGCCAUAAAUGCUCUUCCUCUCUACCCGAAUGAGCAGAUAAUGUGGGAUGAGAGUCUUGUCCCCAGCAUUAACUACACAGGAGAAGGGUGUCUUGCACUGCCAAAACUUAAUCUACAGUUUUUGACCCUUCACGAUUAUCUUCUUAGGAAUUUUAAUCUUUUUCGCCUUGAAUCAACUUAUGAAAUUCGUGAAGAUAUUCAGGAAGCUAUACCACACCUCCUUGCUUAUAUUAAUAAUGAAGGAGAAACUGCAUUUCGCGGUUGGUCUCGCAUGGCUGUUCCAGUUAAAGAGUUCAAGAUUUCGGAAGUAAAACAGCCAAAUGUUGGGGAAGUUAAGCCGGCUUCUGUGACUGCAGAAGUCACUUUCAGCAUUGCCAGUUAUAAAGCUCAAAUAAGAUCAGAAUGGAAUUCACUUAAGGAACAUGAUGUUCUCUUUCUCUUGUCGAUUCGUCCUUCAUUUGAGCCCCUUAGUGCAGAAGAAGCUGCUAACGCAACUGUACCACAGAGGCUCGGCCUUCAAUAUGUUCGAGGAUGUGAAAUUAUAGAGAUGCGUGAUGAAGAGGGGACUUUGAUGAAUGAUUUUACAGGGAGAAUCAAGCGAGAUGAGUGGAAACCUCCUAAAGGAGAUCUUAGAACUGUUACUCUAGCACUUGACACCGCACAAUAUCAUAUGGAUGUUAGUGAUAUUGCAGAAAAAGGGGCUGAGGAUAUUUACAGUACAUUUAACAUCUUAAUGAGAAGGAAGCCAAAGGAAAACAAUUUCAAAGCUAUUUUAGAAUCAAUAAGAGAUCUCAUGAACGAAACUUGUAUCGUUCCUGAUUGGUUGCAUGACAUAUUUUUGGGCUACGGAAAUCCUUCUGCUGCACAGUGGACUUGUAUGCCUGAACUUCUUGAAGAAGUUGAUUUCAAAGAUACCUUUCUUGAUGCAGAUCAUGUUCGGGAAUGUUUUUCAGAUUACCAGGUUUCCUUUAUACAUUCGGAUGGCUCAGAGAAUUUGCAGCCUAGCCCUCCUUUCCGAAUUAAACUUCCCAGAAACCUCAAAGGAAAUCCACAUGCUGUUCCUGGGAAUUUGAAGUCUAUAGUAGCCUCUGUGAAGGCUGCGGGCAUGGAAGGUGUUCAUUCGGAAAAGGAAGAACUUAUAGUUGAGGCUUAUAUCCCCCCUGAUCCAGGUCCAUAUCCCCAGGACCAGCCAAAACAGAACUCAGUCAGAUUUACCCCGACUCAGAUUGGAGCAAUCAUUUCAGGCAUUCAGCCAGGAUUGACUAUGGUUGUGGGUCCACCUGGUACGGGAAAGACAGAUACAGCUGUACAGAUUUUGAAUGUAUUAUAUCAUAAUUGCCCGUCUCAGAGGACACUGAUUAUAACUCAUUCAAAUCAGGCUCUAAAUGAUCUUUUUGAGAAAAUCAUGGAGAGGGAUGUACCAGCUCGCUAUCUUCUACGUCUUGGUCAAGGAGAGCAAGAACUAGCAACUGAUCUUGAUUUCAGCCGACAAGGUCGUGUUAAUGCAAUGCUUGUUCGGCGACUAGAAUUACUAAGAGAGGUAGAGAGGCUAGCCAGGUCUCUACAAUUGCCCGAGGAUGUUGGUUAUACUUGUGAAACUGCAGGGUACUUUUGGCUGCUUCACGUGUACUCACGCUGGGAACAAUUUUUAGCUGCGUCUGCUGAGAACCAUCACAAACCCACAUUUGUCCGGGACAGGUUUCCUUUUAAGGAAUUCUUUUCUAAUGCCCAACAGCCACUCUUUACAGGCGAGUCUUUCGAUAGAGACAUGCGCGUUGCUAAGGGGUGCUUUCGUCAUAUGAAAACUAUGUUCCAAGAGCUUGAAGAAUGUAGGGCAUUUGAGUUGCUUAAGUCAACUGUUGACAGAUCAAAUUACCUGAUGACCAAACAGGCAAAAAUCGUGGCAAUGACUUGCACCCAUGCAGCUCUUAAAAGAAAGGAUUUUCUUCAGUUGGGAUUUAAGUAUGACAAUUUGUUAAUGGAAGAAAGUGCCCAGAUAUUAGAGAUUGAAACAUUCAUCCCCAUGUUGCUUCAAAGGCAGGAAGAUGGCUAUGCUCGUCUUAAACGCUGUAUAUUGAUUGGUGACCACCACCAGCUUCCCCCUGUUGUGAAAAAUAUGGCUUUUCAAAAGUACAGCCAUAUGGAUCAGAGUCUAUUCACAAGAUUUGUUCGUUUAGGGAUUCCUUAUAUUGAGCUUAAUGCUCAAGGUAGAGCAAGGGCAAGUUUGGCCAAACUUUACAACUGGAGGUACCGUCACCUCGGUGAUCUUCCUAACGUAAAAGAGAGUAGCUUCUUUCACAAAGCAAAUUCUGGAUUUUCCUAUGACUAUCAGUUAAUUGACGUGCCUGAUCACCAUGGGAGAGGAGAAACUGCGCCUUCUCCUUGGUUUUAUCAAAAUGAGGGUGAAGCCGAAUAUUUAGUUAGUGUGUAUAUAUACAUGCGCUUACUUGGGUACCCUGCGAAUAAGAUAUCCAUUUUAACAACAUACAAUGGUCAGAAACUUUUGAUUCGUGAUGUUAUAAAUAGACGAUGUGUUCCUUAUGACUUCAUUGGUCCACCAAACAAGGUUACAACAGUUGACAAAUUCCAAGGGCAACAAAAUGAUUUCAUCUUAUUGUCUCUUGUACGAACACGGUUCGUGGGCCAUCUUCGGGACGUUAGAAGGUUGGUUGUAGCAAUGUCUCGUGCUCGUUUGGGGCUCUAUGUUUUUUGCCGACGGUCUCUUUUCGAACAAUGCUAUGAACUGCAACCUACAUUUCAACUUCUGCUACAAAGGCCUGACUGCCUUGCUUUAAAUCUACACGAGAUGUCGUCAUUAACAGACCGCUGUGUUGAUGAUACUGGAAUAACCCAUCUUGUUAGUGGCAUUGAUGAAAUGGCAAAUAUUGUGAAUUAUAGGAUGCAUAUGAUUUAUCAGGCGCGGAUGGUUAGCAACCAACACAGCCAAAUUUCAGCUUACCCCGAGGAAAAUGGCACAACCCAAGAGUCUGAUGCCAUGGACACCAAUGGCCUUCUGACUGAAAACGGUCACCACGAGGAGACUUCACCACCACCUGGUGAACCAAUGUUGAACAGCGCUGCAAAUGUGGAAGAUGCAAAAGCAGAUGACAUUGACAUGACUGUUGCAAACGGUUCGAUCGAUGAAAACAAAACAGAGUGAGAUCAAUGAACAGACAGCCAAUUGUGGGCCUCUAUGCAGAGGACAUGCGCCAAAACCAUACUGGUUGCUGCGAAUGAAAAAUUUGUAGCAAGAAAUUAACGAUAUGUUUGUAAGAAUGUUGAGAUUCUUAUGCGAAUGAAUAUUAUGUGUGCUAACCCACUACAUUGUACACUAGAGUUUUCUUUUUUGGCAAAGUUGUACACUAGAGUUUACUUCGUAAGAGUGAUGAAAAAAAGCAUUCACCAAUUU